UCCUUCGUCUGGUAAGUGGUAACCAAUUUCGUAUUUUCUCCGAAACCCUGUUACCUGUCUCGCUGUGUCAUUAGGUUAACUUUAAUGUUAUUAGGCCUAACACGACAGCGCCCUACAGUACUUGCUUAUGCUUUCACUUUGGCCUGUAUUGCAUUGCCCCUUCAUCACAUCAUCGACAACGUUCACUCAAAUCUGCGAGGGAAUAAAUGGUUACUAAUUUUCUCAUUGUAAGGUUGACUGCAUCUUUCACACACCACAGAAGCACCCCUAUCCAAUUGGGUUCUCUGCUGCAACACAAACACAAUGCUUUCCUUCUUUUCUUCAGUUCAUUCACUUCAGGAACCUCUUCUGAUUCUGAAUUAGAUGGAAACCAACACAAAGGUGACAACUUUACCGUGCCAUACCUCAUCAACUCAUGUGGGGUGUCCCCAAAACUUGCUAGGAAACUCUCCAAAAAGGUCAAUUUGAAAACCCCAAAUGGCCCAAAUUCUGUUCUGGAUCUUCUCAACAACUACGGGUUUGACAAAACCCAUCUUGCAAAGCUUGUAGAGAAACAUCCCAUGGUGCUUGUUGCUAACGCAGAGAACACCCUUUUGCCUAAACUCAAGUUUUUCCGUUCUAUUGGGGUUUCCAACACUGACAUGCCUAAGAUCCUACUUUGUAACCAUGUAUUAUUGGUGAGUAGCUUGGAAAAUUACCUCAUCCCACGUUACGAGAUCCUAAGGAGUGUACUUCGUGACGAUCAGGAAGUUGUUAGAGCUUUGAAAAACGCCCCAUUUGGUUUUACGUAUGGUAGCUUUAUAAACAGCUUGGUUCCAAACAUCAAGGUUUUGAGGCAAUCUGGUGUGCCCCAAGCUUCCGUGUCUUACCUGAUGAUCCACUCUGGGGCUGUAGUCUACUCCAAACAUUCAAGAUUUGUGGAGGCUGUCAACACUGCUAAGGAAAUUGGGUUUAAUCCUUUGAGAAUAAGUUUUAUUAAUGCUAUUGAAAUGCAUCUAAGUAGGAGCAAAGCAGUGCGAGAAUCAAGGUUUGAGGUUUAUGAGAAGUGGGGUUGGAAUGGCGAAAUGGCUCUUCAAGUAUUUCGAAAGUUUCCCUAUGUUAUGAAGUUGCCCGAGGAGACAUUUACCAAAAAAAUGAGUUUCCUAGUGAAAGAUAUGGGUUGGUUAUCAGAAGAUAUUGCUGAAUAUCCUCAGGUGUUAGCGUACAACUUGGAGAAGAGGAUUAUCCCUAGAUUCUCGGUAAUCAAAAUAUUGAAAUCAAAAGGUCUGCUUGAGAAAAAUGUGCAUUUCAGUAAAAUUAUUUGCGUAACUGAGAAAUUAUUUUUGGAGAAAUUUGUCAUCAAUUAUCAGAAAGAUUUGCCUUUCUUGCCAGAUUUCUACAACAGUUUGACUAAUCAACGGAAUGUAGUAUAGGCUUUGAAGGCUUUUGCUGGUGACUGCCCUAACUUCCAGCUUUUCUCUUUCAUUGCUAAAUUGAACUUUGAUUUUUGCCGAGCUUUCACUUUUUGUGUCAGUAGUUGAUUUUUAUUUUCCUUAGUUGUAGAGACUUUUGGUCAGAUUGAUAGCAUGUUGAUUUUAUAAUAAAGUAUAUGAAUCCAUUUAGUGGUGAUUUUCAAUUCAAUAUACUGGUUUAUUUAUUUCUGUUGAUAAAGCGCUACACAUAAAAGAAGUGUGGUAUAUUUUGUAAUUUGUAGGCCAGAGGUAAUUCUGAUGAAUGUUAUCUUGAUUGUUGUCAUCUUGUUUUUAAA